AAGUUAAUGAGAUGAAGGUUUGAAAGGGAGAAGAAAGAAAGAAAGAAAGAAAGAAAGAAAAGUUAAUUAUGUUGAACAAUUCAUUUUGUGUGGUAUGUUUAAUAAGUUAUCUAUGCGCAUAUAUAUAUAUAUAUAUGUGUAUAAAUUAAGAAUAUUUUUUAUUUUAGGAAGUUGUACGAACAAUGCUCACCCUCUGCAACUCAAACCCUCUCUCUCUCCUUCAAACUACAUUCCCCUCCAAAAACACUAUCACAACUCCAAACAACAAAUUCUACACCCUAAAAAUGGCCGCUGAUUUCGAUCGAGCCACUGAAUUGAAGCAAUUUGACCAAACCAAAGCCGGCGUCAAAGGCCUUCUCGACGCCGGCAUCAAUCAAAUCCCUCGCAUUUUCAUCCACCCACCUGAAACUCUCUCCGACCUCAAACCAACCUCUAAAUCACCAUCUUCCUCUCCCCCCGUCCUCGUCCCCACCAUAGACCUGGCCGCCCUCCACUCCCCCGACAACCGCUCCUCCAUCGUCGAUCACAUCCGAGACGCCGCCUCCACCUUCGGAUUCUUCCAAAUCAUCAACCAUGGAGUUCCGCAAAAAGUGCUCGACGAUAUUCUCGAUUCCAUUAGGGCUUUUCACGAACUGCCAGCGGAGGCAAAAUCGUCCUACUACCGGAGGGACGUUGAGACCGGAGUGUCGUACUUGUCGAACAUCGAUCUGUUUAAGGCAAAAGCGGCCAGUUGGAGAGAUACGCUUCAGAUAGGACUAGGACCGAUGGCUGCAGCGUCGGAGAAUAUUCCGGCGAUUUGCAGGAAGGCGGUGGCGGAGUGGGCGAAGGAAACGGAAAGGUUGGGGUAUUUAUUAGAGGAAUUGCUGUGUGAGGGAUUAGGGCUGAGAUCAGAGCGGCUUAAGGAGGCGACGUACGGAGAAGGGCGGAUGAUGGUGGGGCAUUACUAUCCGUACUGCCCACAGCCGGAUCUGACGGUGGGGAUAAAAUCGCACACAGAUCCUGGAGUUUUGACCGUUCUGCUGCAGGAUCAUAUCGGCGGUUUGCAGAUAAGGCACGGCGGUGGUUGGGUGGAUGUUGAGCCCGUCCCCGGUGCUCUUGUUAUCAAUAUCGGUGACUUGCUUCAGAUCGCGUCAAAUGAUGUGUACAAAAGUGUGGAGCACAGAGUAUUGGCAAAUGGAAAGCCAGAAGCACGUGUUUCCGUUGCGGUUUUUUACAAUCCUAGAAUCAGAGAUAACUUAUAUGGACCAUUUCCAGAACUAAUCUCACAAGAUACACCAGCUGUAUAUCAACAAUUUACAUAUGCUGAUUACAUAACAAGAUUUUUCAACAAGGAGUUAGAUGGGAAAUCAUUGCCCAACCAUUACAGAGUAUGAACUUCAUGUUUGUGCUAUUUUUUACUUUCAAACUUUGAAAAUGUUUGUAUCUUUUAGGGACUUCCUUCUUUAAAAAUAAUAUAUUAUAAGGAUGAAAAUAUUCUAUAAAAA